AUGCCUGUGCUGCCCGUGCCUGUGCUGCCUGUGCCUGUUGCUGCCCGUGCCUGUGCUGCCCUGUGCUGCCUGUGCCUGUUGCUGCCUGUGCCUGUGCUGCCCGUGCCUGUGCUGCCCGUGCCUGUGCUGCCCGUGCCUGUGCUGCCUGUGCCUGUUGCUGCCCGUGCCUGUGCUGCCCUGUGCUGCCUAUGCCUGUUGCUGCCUGUGCCUGUGCUGCCCGUGCCUGUGCUGCCUGUGCCUGUUGCUGCCUGUGCCUGUGCUGCCCGUGCCUGUGCUGCCCGUGCCUGUGCUGCCCGUGCUUGUGCUGCCUGUGCCUGUUGCUGCCCGUGCCAUUGCUGCCCUGUGCUGCCUGUGCCUGUUGCUGCCCGUGCCUGUGCUGCCCGUGCCUGUGCUGCCCGUGCCUGUGCUGCCCGUGCCUGUGCUGCCUGUGCCUGUUGCUGCCCGUGCCUAUGCUGCCCUGUGCUGCCUGUGCCUGUGCUGCCCGUGCCUGUGCUGCCCGUGCCUGUGCUGCCCGUGCCUUUGCUGCCUGUGCCUGUUGCUGCCCGUGCCCGUGCUGCCCUGUGCUGCCUGUGCCUGUUGCUGCCUGUGCCUGUGCUGCCCGUGCCUGUGCUGCCCGUGCCUUUGCUGUGCGUGCCUGUGCUGCCUGUGCCUGUUGCUGCCCGUGCCUGUGCUGCCCUGUGCUGCCUGUGCCUGUUGCUGCAUGUGCCUGUGCUCCCCGUGCCUGUGCUGCCCGUGCCUGUGCUGCCCGUGCCUGUGCUGCCUGUGCCUGUUGCUGCCCGUGCCUGUGCUGCCCUGUGCUGCCCGUGCCUGUGCUGCCCUGUGCUGCAUGUGCCUGGUGCUGCUCGUGCCUCCUGUCGCUGA